ACCCACGAUGAAAAUACUUAUAAUUCGACUGUGUCCCCUGAAGAAGAUUGCUGUUCACCCACGUUGUGUUUGGUUUCUCGCAUCACAAUGGUCAAUGGUUUCUCCUUCGUCGCACUCUGCUCCGCCUUGCUGGGCGUGAGCAGAGGUGCUGCAAUGGGCUCUAACGAGGAGUAUGCCUCAGGCGCUGUUCAUGCGCGCAUCAUGGGAAUGAAGAUGGCACAAUGGAGCGCGGAGCUUGCAGCUGGUCAGAUGGAAAGCUCACAAUACCCUGAGCUCAGCUAUACUCCUUGUGAAGACGGAUGGGCUGCUGCUAUCCCUGGAGAUGUGAACAACACCUUUAGGUGCAACAAUGUUGAUCUCUACCACUUCCUUUCUCAUGCAAAUCUUGGCAGUGUCGGCCGCGGGUCAUCGUCGUGGGGUUGGACUUCCGAGGACGGAAGAGAAUUCGUCGCUAUUGGUCAAUACGACGGAACCGCUUUCGCUGAGAUCAGCAGCGAAGGUAAAAUGGUUUACCUCGGCCGUUUGCCCCAGUACGAUUCUAUCGGCUCCAAUUGGAGAGAAAUCCGAAUCGUCCGAGACUUGCUUGUCGUCGGUUCGGAGGCUAUCAAGCACGGCGUGCAAUUCUUCGACAUGAAGAAGUUGCUCGAACUCGACCCCGAAAACCCCACCAACUUUACUCAGGCCGACUUGACUGGACACUGGGAUAAGCUUCCCGUUGGACGUACACACAACAUUGUCGUAAACGAGGAGCUCAACUACGCCAUUGCCGCUGGUUCAGUCGGCGGCAACGAAACCGUACGAGUCCGUGGUAACUUGCCGUGCCGCGGUGGGUUGAUCUUCCUCAACAUCACCGACCCUGCCAAUCCAUGGAGUCCCGGGUGCGCUGCCGGUGAUGGAUACGUUCAUGACGCUCAAUGUUUGGUCUAUCGUGGCCCCGACGAACGAUACCAGGGUCGUGACAUAUGCUAUGGGUACAACGAGAACACUUUGACCAUCUUCGAUGUAACUAACAAGGUCGGCAAUACCACCAGCAUCAUUUCUAUCACCGACUUUCCUGGCGCCGAGUACAUCCACCAGGGUGUUGUGAACGACGAGCAGAACCAAGAAUUCCUUUUCCUCGAUGACGAAUUUGACGAGCGCGAUGCUAAAGUUGGCCCUAUGACUCAGGGCCUACCUACAACGCACAUCUUCGACAUCCGUGACUUGGAGAAGCCUCUAUACACUGGCAACUUUAACGGAAAGCGUCGCUCAAUAGAUCACAAUCAGUACAUUGUCGACGGCUAUCUUUACCAAUCCAAUUAUGGCGUCGGUCUAACAGUUUGGGACAUCCGUUCCGUCCCUGAAGACCCAUCUGGUGACAGCGUAUGCGAAGCCGGCUUCUUCGACAUCCACCCCGAGGACGACGAGGAGGUUGGUGGCGGUGUUGUCGCUUUCCUUGGUUCCUGGUCCUCAUACGCCAAAUUCAAAUCGGGUUUUAUCUUCGUUCACACGAUUGAGCGUGGAUCUUUUGUCGUCAAGAUGACCUCAAAAGAGUGUCCCAAACCCGCUGUUUGCAAAUCCGACAGCUGCUUCACCUCUCUUACCAACGAAGCGACUCUCGAGGAGAGCCAGGAUUUCUGUGGCAGCUACACUGCCAGGCAGAGGGAUAAUGUGAACGCUCUUCCCGAUUAUGCGAGGGUGGCUUGCCGUGGUAACAACGGAACUGCCACCUCUGAUAUCGUUUCGCAGGUCAGCAGUGCGUGCGCGUGCGUGCCCACCACUCCUGUCCCGGAGCUCCCUAGGACUACCAGCCGUCCUCCUGUUCCCACAGUCCUUCCCCGGACAAUGCGAUGA